AUAGCAAAAUCUAGAAGACUUAAAAUUAAGACUUCGAGCGUGUUAUGAAAAUUAACAUAACACAUAAGCAAUUUGAACUAAUAUCGAAUUUGUACGUAUUGUCAUUCUCUGUGUGGAUGCAAGUUUGCAUUUUGUCAUGUUGGGAACCUCAGUAAAACUUUGAAGUUAAAUCAAAAAUUCUAAUCUUUGCAUUUCAUAAAGCCGGUGUGGCUGUCAGUCACUGAAAAAAAAUUUAUUAGACUUUUAAAAUAGAGUAUAAAUUCAUCUCCUUGAACUUUCUUUGCCAUAUUUUGUCAAUAGAAAUCAAUUAUUUAUGGCAUUCAAAUAAAGAUAAGGAAAUAAGUAUUCUUUCCGUUCUGCUAUUUGCUGUGGUGACAAAUAGAUUACGUGUAUUAAGUUGUAAACUAUGCGUUGAAAUAUUUUUAUUUGAUUUCUUAAGAAUUUUACCCUUUAGCUGAAACACUAAAAUGUUUUUGAAAUAUUUUUCAAUAUUUACAAUAUUUUCUGUUGUCUCCGCAUUACUUUCAAUUAUUUGCCAAGCAUACUUUGCUUUGAAACACUUAAAUACUGUUACAACGAUAUUGGCUAGCCUUUUAGCAAUAGAAAAUUUAGGUCAUGGGGGUUUGGCUAAUCCUAAACAGAAAGUCGCAGUCGGCUAUGGUGCUUGUGUAGAUCUUAUAGUUAAUGGAACAACCUUUCUAAAUUUUUCUGAUUUUGCUGUUGGUAAUGAAGAAAACUUUUAUAUUGAUGAUGUUACAAAUUAUAAAGAAUUCAUACAGAGUUUUGGCUAUUAUUUCAAAAACGGAGCUGCCGCCGAGCGUUUUACUCCUGACAAAUUCUUUUUUCAAAAUUUAGUGAAUAAAGCCAAAACAGAGCAUGAUGUAAAAUGGGUUUUAGGAGGAAAUGCCCCUGUAAUGGGUAUUCGUUUUCUUGCUGAAGGUUGUAACGUGUUACUCGGAUCAAGAAUGUCUACGAAAUUAAGGAAACAUUUACCGGAAAAUAUACAACUAAUUGGAAAUGAAGUUGAUGAAGACGAUAUUCAUUUAAUAUUGGAAUAUAAAGCAAAUGAAGAAUGGGGUGAUCUAAUAGCGCCACGGGCAAAUCGCUAUAUUUUACACAAUGAUAAAAAUAAUCCGCAAUUGAGCACUCUUGAAGAAUUUGGGGAAACUUUAAAAAAGUUCAAACCAAAACUUUUGGUUGUAAGUGGUUUGCAAAUGAUGGAUAGUUAUAAAUACGAAUCAGGAGUACGUGAAGAAAGGUUAGAAAAAUUGCGAAAACAAAUAUCUGCUCAGCCUAAAUCAACAUUAAUUCAUUUUGAGAUGGCGUCAUACGUCGAACUAAAACUUUUGCAAUUAUUAUCUGAAAAUAUUUUGCCAUAUUCGGAUUCAAUUGGAAUGAAUGAGCAAGAGUUAGAUAAUCUGCAGAAAGUUCUGUCAGAUGGCCAAAUUUCGUUUGCUUCUGAUUCAAAUCCUAGGGUUGCUACCGCUCUAGAUCAGAUGAGAAAAAUAUUUUUCAUAAUAAAUAGCAAUUAUUUGCAAAAUAGAGCUAAGAAUUCAAAUUGCCGUAUGCUAACCAGAAUGCAUGUCCACACAUUAGCUUAUCAAGCAAUUUUAACGGUAAAUGAUUCCCAAUGGACCAAUAAUAAGUUGGGGGCCGCGAAAGCCGCUUUAACAGCUAAUAGAUAUGUGUGUGACUCUGAUAGGAUAAAUCCAGAUGCAGCCACUUUAAUUUUAGAUGAAAGUUUUGCAACUUCUGCUAAUGGUAUAGAGUUUGAUGUCAAUAUGCCGAAGCGCAUGCAAUUAGACCCCAAAGAUCCUGUGCCAUGUUGGAAUGAAUCUAUGGUAUUUUCUAAAUUUAAAAAUGAAAAAAUUUUGUUUCAAAUAUGCGUGGCACCAGUUUUAGUUUGCCGAAUAGCAAAAAAAACUGCUGGAGCUGGCGACAAUAUUUCUGCAUCAGGCCUUUCACAUCAAAUAUGGUGAAAGCAACAAGUAUUUUAUGCAAAACGGGCUACUUACGUAAUUUCAUAGAUAAAUAAAAAAUACUCAAGUUGAAGACGCAAGGAAAUUUUUAAGUGUUCUUAAUCAUAUUUUGAUUUGAUUACCAUCGAUAUUGAUAGAUUGACAAAAAUCAGAUUCGCAUUUUUUGUAAUAUAAAAACAUAGAUAUUGGAACGAAAACAACUUUUUGUAUAAAUAUAAGCUACAAGUCAUACCAUAUAUUUUAUACAAAAUGAAUUUAUUUGGUUCUCUUUGGAGAAUGUAAAAAAUAAAUAUAAAAUAUUUUAAAACAUUUUAUGAAAAAUAUAAACAUAAAAUUUUACCAAAUGGACGAUUAAGUUGUCGAAUAUAUUUUUAUAUUAAGAAAUACAUGAGAUUUUAUCUCUUUUAAAUACUUAAUACAAUUUCGAGUCUAGAAUAAGCCUUACAAAAAGAUUAUUAUAAAAAUAAAAGACAAAGUAGCAACUUAAGUCUGAUCACAUUUUGAAAACAAAAAUAUUUAAAAUUGUUGGAUUUAUUUAGAUGAAUUAUGUUUUACCCUGUUCCUGUUAUGUGAAAUUUAUUGUGUUCGAAUACUAAAUUCCUAUAAAAACCUACAUCAUAAAACAUUCCCUUUAAAAAAUUAUUUUUAAUAUGUAUUAAGAUAAAAUUUAUAAAAUUAUAUUAUAAAUAUAUAUGUAAUAUAUGUGUAAACUUAUGUUGUAUACACAUUAAUUAUAUU